CUCUUACUCCGUCCUUGGGAAGCACUGACAUAUCCACCUAGAGAUCCUGCUGAAACCGGGAGAGGAGAAGAAGGGCGGGCUGCACGGUGCGCCAAACCGAAGUGACAUCCCCCGAAAGGGACUCGAGGCUGGACCGGGACUGGCGCGUUGCUGUCGGAGCCUUCAUUCCGCCACCAUGUCCCAAUUUAUGCUCACCUUUCUCACGAUAUCGGGAUUAUUUCCUGCGACAGAAGGGCUGAUCGCAAAGCAAGGUCCUGGAGACAUGCUGGUGAAUUGUCCCCUUAACCACAUGCAGUGUGUCGGCACCAGAAAAUGCAUCCACUUCAACAAGCUAUGUGACGGAGCGCGAGACUGCGAGGAUGGCUAUGACGAGGGCAUGCACUGUCGAGAGCUCCUGCCCAACUGCCACGACUUACGGUGCCGCUAUGGCUGCGUCAUGGCCAGGAACGGAACAUUCUGCUUCUGUGCUGACGGCUUCCAGGUGGAGACUGAUGGACGUGGUUGCAAAGAUUACGAUGAAUGCAGUGUGUAUGGCAUGUGCAGUCAGACCUGCAUGAACACUUACGGAUCAUACAGAUGUAGCUGUACGGAUGGCUACAUUCUGCAGGCAGACAGAAGCUCCUGCAAAGCCAAAAAUGAGCCCAGCGACAGACCCGCUGUUCUCCUGAUUGGAAACUCGGAACAAAUCGCCAUCACGCACCUCAACGGAUCCUUGCUGCAGACCUUAAAAUCUGUCAAUAUGAAAGGAAUGCACACAAUGGAUUUCAGUUACAACACAGAGGCCCUCUGUUGGGUGACGGUUGCCCCCGCAGCCAGCCGGCUCUGGUGCAGCAGGAUGACGGGCCUGCAUGUGUUCUCUGAGGAGUGGGAGAUGAGAGUUGGACAAAACCUGCAAAACGUGGACCAAAUGGCCAUUGACUGGCUCUCCGGCAACUUUUACUUCACCGACCUGGCCAAUGGCCGCAUAUCUGUAUGCCGUCAGGGCAAAGACACAUGUGUUGCUGUUAUUGAUGUGGACCUGCAUAACCCCGGAGGGAUUGCGCUGGACCCCCUCAUGGGGAUGCUCUUCUUCACCGACUAUGGGAUAGUGGCCAAGGUGGAACGCAGCAACAUGGAUGGCACCAAUCGGACUCGGAUAGUGGAUUAUAGAACGGAACAGCCAACCGUGCUGACGCUGGACUUGGUGAAGAAGCUGGUGUACUGGACGGAUGCCUACCUGGACCGCGUCGAGGUGGCGGAUUAUGAUGGGGGGAACCGGCAUGUCGUGAUCCAGGGCAUCUCGGUUUCAUACCUUCAUGGAUUAACGCUCUUUGAAGAAUUCUUGUUUGCGGUGCGCUCAGAACCUUCUGGAGGCCCGAAAGCAGACAUUCUUCAAAUAAACCGGUUUAACGGCACCGAGGUGCUCACCUUUCCUGUUGUGGGAGACGCCCGCAUGAUACGGGUCCAGCACAGACUGACCCAGCCUACAGCCCGGACCCAUGCCUGUGAGGCCGACCCAUACGGGAAACCGGGGGGCUGCGGUCACGUCUGCCUACUCAGCGGCAGCUACAAGUCCCGGACCUGCCGAUGCCGGACGGGCUUCACCCUCGGGAGCGACGGGCGAUCCUGCAAAAAGCUCAAAAGCGAGCUGUUCCUAUUCUACGGGAAAGGCCGUCCGGGACUCAUCCGAGGCCUGGACAUGAAUGUCAAGUCUGGGGACGAGCACAUGGUGCCGAUCGAGGAGCUUGUCAACCCACGGGCACUGGACUUUCACGCCGAGGCUGGCUACAUCUACUUUGCCGACACCACCAGCUUUCUGAUUGGCCGUCAGAGGAUCGAUGGAAGCGGGCGGGAGACGAUACUCAAAGAUGACCUCGAUAAUGUGGAGGGAAUUUCCGUGGACUGGAUCGGGAACAACCUGUACUGGACGAACGAUGGCUAUCGGAAAACCAUCAGCGUGGCCCGACUGGAGAGAGCGUCCCAAACCAGGAAGACACUUCUGGAAGGAGAUAUGUCUCAUCCCAGAGCCAUCGUGGUGGACCCUAUCCACUGUUGGAUGUACUGGACGGACUGGGAAGAGGAUGAAGUCAAUGAUAGCAUCGGAAGGAUAGAAAAAGCGUGGAUGGAUGGGUCCAACCGACAGGUAUUCGUCACAUCAAACAUAUUGUGGCCCAACGGUCUCUCCUUGGACCACGGAACCAGCACCAUGUACUGGUGUGAUGCCUACUAUGACCACAUCGAGAAGAUUUUCCUCAAUGGCACUGGAAGAAUGGUGGUGUAUAAUGGUCGGGAAUUAAACCACCCCUAUGGGAUCUCGGUGUACCGGAACCACGUCUUCUGGACUGAUUACAUGAACGCCUCUAUUUUCCAACUGGACAUGUCUUCGGGUAACGUGACUCUGCUGAGGAGCGAGAGGCCACCUCUCUUUGGCCUUCAAGUCUACGACGCCGAAAGGCAGCAAGGUGACAACGCGUGCCGUGUCAACUACGGGGGCUGCAGCACGCUGUGCCUGGCUGUGCCGGGGGGGCGCAUGUGCGCCUGCGCUGAUGACCAGCGCCUCCAGAAGAACAACGUCUCCUGCUCGGCUUCGUCUGGAGAUGGGGAACCCCCGCGCUGUCUAGCUGACGAGUUCCAGUGCCGGAACCGCCGCUGCAUCCGGGCUGCAUGGAGGUGUGACGGCGAUGACGACUGUCUGGACGGCAGUGACGAGGAGGCCCAUGCGUGCUAUAACCAUAGCUGCCCCGCAGACCAGUUCAAAUGCAGGAGCAACCGCUGCAUCCCCAAGAGGUGGCUGUGUGACGGCACCAGCGACUGCACCGAUGGUGAAGACGAGUCCAACUUCACAUGCUCAGCCCAGACUUGCCAGCCCAAGCAGUUUGCCUGUCAGAACGGACGGUGCAUCCCAGAGACGUGGAGGUGUGACCGAGACGACGACUGCGGGGAUCGCUCCGAUGAGACAUCCUCAUGCGCUUUUCCUACCUGUGAGCCCCGGACACAGUUCAGCUGCUCCAACGGCAGGUGUAUCAGUGCCAAGUGGCACUGUGACUCCGACGACGACUGCGGCGACGGCAGUGAUGAGGCUGGCUGUGUACACUCCUGCUCCAGCACACAGUUCCAGUGCACUGGCGGCCGCUGCAUCCCACGCCACUGGGCCUGCGAUGGAGACGACGACUGCGGCGAUGGCAGUGACGAGGGCAGCGCCUGUGCUGGGGCGGCCGCGCUCCCCGCCGCCGACUGCAGCGCAGACGAGUUCCACUGCAGCGCCGACGGCACCUGCAUCCCGGAGCGCUGGCUCUGCGACGGCGAGAGGGACUGUGAGGAUGGCGGAGAUGAGGCUGGCUGCCAAGGCACGCUCCGCAUGUGUGAUCCUGCUGCCAAGUUCACCUGCAAAGCCUCAGGGAAGUGUGUCAGCAAGAGUUGGGUGUGUGACGGUGACCGCGACUGCGAGGACCUGUCGGACGAGGAGGGCUGUGAGGCUCCUGUCUGUGAGCCCCCCAGGUUCCCCUGUGCCAAUGACAGUGCCACCUGCCUGCCCCCAGAGAGCAUCUGCGAUGGGAAGAAGGAUUGUGCCGACCAUUCAGAUGAGGGACCCUUCUGUGAGGAGUGCACCUUGGGAAAUGGAGGCUGCAGCCACCAGUGCACCGUGGUCCCCGGCGUCGGGGCAUCCUGCUCUUGCCCACCAGGCCUCCACCUCGGCACUGACAACCACAGCUGUGAGGCAGUGGACUACUGUGGCCGGCACCUUCGCUGCAGUCAGGUGUGCGAGCAGUACAAGACCACUGUCAAGUGCUCGUGCUACCCAGGCUGGAGCCUGGGGCCUGACGGGGAUGACUGCCUGAGCACAGACCCAUUUGAGGCCUUCAUCAUCUUCUCCAUUCGGCAUGAGAUCCGUCGCAUCGACCUCCAUAAGCGUGACUACAGCCUGCUCGUGCCAGGCUUGAGGAACACCAUCGCCCUCGACUUCCACUUUAGUCAUGGCCUGCUCUACUGGACCGAUGUGGUGGAGGACAAGAUCUACAGGGGGAAGCUUUCUGACAGCGGAGGCGUCACCGGCAUCGAAGUGGUGGUGCAGCAUGGCCUGGCUACCCCAGAGGGGCUGGCUGUCGAUUGGAUAGCCGGGAACCUCUAUUGGAUCGACAGCAACUUGGACCAGAUCGAGGUGGCCAAGCUUGACGGUGCCAUGCGGGCCACGCUGAUUGCAGGGGGCAUGGAGCACCCACGGGCUCUGGCAUUGGACCCCAGCCAGGGGAUCCUCUUUUGGACCGACUGGGAUGCCAAUUUUCCUCGCAUUGAGGCCGCCUCUAUGAGUGGCAAGGGGCGGCACGUGGUCUUCAGAGACAUGGAGAUAGGGGCGUGGCCGAACGGGCUCACCUUGGACCACCUGGAGAAGCGCAUUGUGUGGACAGAUGCCCGGUCGGACGCCAUCUACUCAGCCCUCUAUGACGGCACUGGAGUCAUUGAGAUCCUGAGGGGCCAUGAGUACCUUUCACACCCGUUCGCUGUCUCACUAUUCGGGGGCAGCGUGUACUGGACCGACUGGAGGACCAAUACACUGGCCAAGGCCAACAAAUGGACAGGCAGCAAUGUGACAGUAAUCCAGAAGACCAACGCCCAGCCCUUCGACCUGCAGAUCUACCACCCCAGCCGACAGCCACAGGCCUCGAACCCCUGUGAGGCAAACCAGGGCCAUGGCCGCUGUUCACACCUGUGCCUCAUUGGCUACAACCGCACUGCAGCCUGCACCUGCCCCCACCUCAUGAAGCUCUCCCCCAGCAACAGGUCCUGUGUUGCACUGAAGAGGUUCCUGCUCUAUGCCCGGCGCUCCGAAAUCCGUGGUGUGGACAUUGAUAACCCCUACAUAAACAUCAUAACCGCCCUGACUGUCCCAGACAUUGAUGAUGUCACAGUCGUGGAUUACGAUGCCCUGGAGGAGAGGAUUUAUUGGGCCGACGUGAAAACCCAGACCAUAAAGCGGGCUUUCAUAAAUGGAACCAGUAUGGAGACAGUCAUAUCUGGAGACAUACUGAAUGUCCGUGGCCUGGCUGUCGACUGGCUGUCGCGGAACAUGUAUUGGAUCAGCUCAGAGAAUGACGAGACGCAGAUCAACGUGGCCCGCAUGGACGGCUCGCUUAAGACUUCCAUCGUCCAUGGAAUUGAUAAGCCCAAGUGUCUAGUCGUGCAUCCUUCCAAAGGGAAAAUGUAUUGGACUGACGGCAACAUGAUCAACAUGGCAAACCUGGAUGGAAGCAACAGCAAGAUCCUGCACCAGAACCAGAGGGAUCCAGUUGGUCUGUCUAUUGACUAUGCUGCGCACAAGCUAUAUUGGAUCAGCUCCGGCAAUGGGACCAUCAACAGAUGCAACCUGGAUGGCAGCGGACUGGAGGUGCUGGGGUCCGCAAGGGCGGUGCUGACCAAGGCCACGGCGCUGGCAGUGAUGGGUGGGAAGCUGUGGUGGGCGGAUGACAGCUCUGGCCAGCUGGGCACCGUCACCAAGCGGGAUGGACGGAACGCGGUGGUGCUAAGGAACAAGACGAGCGGCGUGGUGCACAUGAAGGUCUACGACAGGGACGGGCAGAGAGGGAGGAGCCCCUGUCAGGUGAACAACGGGGGGUGCUCCCAGCUCUGCCUCCCCACCUCGGAGGUGACCAGGAGCUGCUCUUGCACCGUGGGCUACAGUUUGCGCAGUGACCGUGUCUCCUGUGAAGGAAUCGGAUCCUUCCUAAUGUACUCCAUCCAAGAGGGGAUCCGGGGGAUCUCUUUGGAUCCCAGUGAUAACACAGAUGUGCUGAUGCCAAUCACUGGCACCUUGUUUCCCGUGGGGGUGGAUUUCCAUGCGGGAAAUGACACAAUCUACUGGACGGACAUGGGCCUAAACCGCAUUUCAAGGGUGAAGAGGGACCAGACGUGGAGGGAGGACAUAGUCACCAGUGGCAUCGGCAGGGUGGAGGGCAUCGCCGUGGACUGGGUCGCCGGGAACAUUUACUGGACAGACCAUGGCUUCAACCUGAUCGAGAUGGCCCGGCUGAAUGGCGCGUUCCGGUCUGUGGUGAUCUCCCAGGGGCUGGACCAGCCGCGAGCCAUCGCCGUGCAUCCAGUGAAAGGGUACAUGUUCUGGACAGAAUGGGGUCAAACCCCAUGCAUCGGCAGGGCACAUCUAGAUGGGUCUGACCAAGUCAUGCUGGUGAACUCUGGCAUCGCCUGGCCCAAUGGAAUCUCCAUCGACUACGAGGAAAAUAAGUUAUACUGGUGUGACGCUCGCACCGACAAGAUAGAAAGGAUCAACCUUGAGAACGGGCAGAGCCGUGAGAUCGUUUUGUCAUCCAGUGGCUUGGAUAUGUUCUCCGUCACCAUCUUCGGCGCUUACAUCUACUGGUCUGACAGGGCACAUGCCAACGGCUCCAUCCGGAGGGGCUUCAAGAGCAAUGCCACGGAGGCCCUGACCAUGAGAAGUGGCUUGGGAAUUGGCCUGAAGGACGUGAAGGUGUUCAGCCGGGGCCAUGAGAAAGGCACAAACCCCUGUGCCAGGAGAAAUGGUGGUUGCCAGCAGCUCUGCUACUAUCUGGGCAAUGGGCGGAAGACCUGUGCAUGUGCUCACGGCUACCUGGCAGAGGAUGACAUGUCCUGCCGCAGGUACGAUGACUACCUCCUGUACUCGGAGCGCACCAUCCUAAAGAGCAUCCACCUCACGGAUGAGAGCAAUCUCAACCAGCCGGUUGUGGCCUAUGAGAACCCAGCCUACUUCAAGAACGUUAUUGCCCUGGCCUUCGACCACCGACAAGAACCACUGGGAACAAAUCGCAUCUUCUUCAGUGAUGUGCACUUUGGGAACAUUCAGAUCAUCAAUGAUGAUUGGACGGACCGGCGCGUCAUUAUGGAGAAUGUGGGCUCGGUUGAAGGCCUGGCCUACCACCGGCCCUGGGACACUCUGUAUUGGACCAGCUCCACCUCCUCCACCAUUAGCCGGCACACCAUCGACCAGAGCCGGCCAGGUGCCUUCACCAGGGAGGUGGUGGUCCGCAUGUCCGAGGAGGAUCACCCCCAUGUCCUGGUGCUGGAUGUGUGUCAGAACCUGAUGUUUUGGACCAACUGGAAUGAGCAGCACCCCAGUAUCGUCCGGUCCACGCUGGCCGGGAGUGGCAUCCAGGUUAUCGUGGGCUCGGACAUCGUCACGCCAAAUGGGCUGACCAUUGACCACAGAUCCGAGAAGCUGUACUUCUCUGACGGGAGCCUGGGAAAGAUAGAGCGCUGCGAGUACGAUGGAUCCCAGCGGCACGUGAUUGUGAAGUCAGGGCCGGGGACCUUUUUCGGCCUGGCUAUUUAUGGCGACUUCAUCUUUUGGUCAGAUUGGGUUCGGAGGGCCGUGCUGCGCUCUGAUAAGUACACAGGGAGCGACACCAAAGUGCUCCGAGCUGACAUUCCCCAGCAGCCAAUGGGAAUAAUCGCUGUGGCCAACGAAUCUGCCAGCUGUGAAUCGUCCCCCUGCCGGGUGAUGAAUGGGGGCUGUCAUGAUCUCUGCCUGCUGACCCCCCAUGGCAUAGUGAACUGCAGCUGCCGGGGGGAGCGUGUGCUCCUGGAAGAUAAGCGAUGCGUGUCCAGGAACUCUUCCUGUGACAUCCACACAGAGUUUGAAUGCAGCAAUGGCGAGUGCAUCGACUAUCAGUUCACAUGUGAUGGAAUAGCUCACUGUAAAGACAAGUCGGAUGAGAAAAUGCAGUACUGCGAUAACAGAUCCUGCAGGAAAGGCUUCAGAGCCUGCUACAACCAGCACUGCGUGGCCCACAGCCGCUUCUGCGACGGCCUCGACGACUGUGGCGACGACUCAGACGAGGCGUCCUGUAGCAAUUCAACGUGCUCGUCCUCCGAAGCACGCUGUCAGGACGGGGCCUGCAUUCCUGCCACAGCGUGGUGCAAUCAGAUGAUCGACUGUGCCGAUGCCUCGGACGAAAGAAACUGCAACAACACGGACUGCUCCAACUUCUACCGACUGGGAGUGAAGGAGCACGGAUUUGUCAGCUGUAACUCCACCUCCCUCUGCAUCCACCCGUCCUGGGUUUGCGACGGAGCCAACGACUGCGGGGAUCUUGCGGAUGAGAUGGGAUGCCGUGCGUCCACCGGACACCUCUGCGAGGAUGGUCAUUUUGCCUGCCCAGGCGGAAACUGCAUCUCCAGUGUGUGGCUGUGCGAUGGCCAGAAGGACUGUGAGGAUGGAGCGGAUGAGUUUCAGUGUGACUCCUCCUGCCUAUGGAACCAGUUUGCCUGCUCCAAGAACAAGUGCAUCGCCAAGCAGUGGCUGUGUGACGGCGAGGACGACUGCGGCGAGGGGCUGGACGAGAGUGAGGAGGUGUGCGGCUCUGUAACCUGUGCCCCAGGCCUGUUCAGCUGCCCCGGGUCACACGCCUGCGUGCCCCAGCGUUGGCUCUGUGACGGCGAGAGAGAUUGUCCCGACGGCAGUGACGAACUGGCAGCUGCUGGCUGCGCGCCCAACAUCACGUGUGAUGACAGCACCUUCCUGUGCCGCAACCAGCUCUGUGUUCCCAAGCGAUUCGUGUGUGACCGUGACAACGACUGUGGCGAUGGCUCUGAUGAGUCGCCGGAAUGUGAGUACCGAGCCUGCGAUGAUGCUGGAUUCCGCUGCGCAGACGGACGCUGCCUGCCCAGUGCACAGUGGGAGUGCGACGGUGCCCCUGACUGUCUGGAUGGCUCCGAUGAACUGCCACUGAAUCCGAAGUGCUCAGCCGCAGAGAGCCUGUGCAACGGCUCCUUCUUCAUGUGCGCCAAUGGCCGCUGCGUUCCUGCAGCGGGGCUCUGCGACGGCCGUGACGACUGUGGUGACCACUCAGACGAACACAGCUGCCACGUCAACGAGUGCCUGAACCGUCGUGUCAGCGGCUGCACACAGGACUGCCAGGACCUUCCUGUCGGAUACAAGUGCAAAUGCUGGCCAGGCUUUCAGCUGAAGGAGGACGGCAGGACCUGCGUGGAUGUGGAUGAGUGCUCCUCCUCGCUCCCGUGCAGCCAGUCCUGCAUCAACACCUACGGCUCAUACCGGUGUUCCUGCGUGGAUGGCUACAGGGUGCCGGCCCACAGUCCGGACAGCUGCAGGUCCCUUUCAGGUGAGGAGCCAUUCCUCAUCCUAGCUGACCACCACGAGAUCCGGAAGAUGAGCAUCGACGGCUCCAACUACACACUACUGAAGCAGGGCCUCAGUAACAUCAUGGCGGCCGACUUCGACUACAGGAAGGAGUUCAUAUACUGGAUCGACUCCAGCAGGCCCAGUGGACGGCGGAUAAAUAGGAUACGCCUGAACGGGAGUGACCUCAAGAUAGUCCAUCGAACGGCAGUUCCCAGCACCCUGGCAGUGGACUGGAUCGGGAAGAACCUGUACUGGUAUGACGUGGAGAAGAAGGUCCUGGAGGUGUCCAAGGUCAAUGGCCUCUAUCCCACCGUCCUCAUCAGCUCGGGCCUCAGGGGGCCCACAGGACUGUGCCUGGACCCCCAGAUGGGGUACGUCUUCUGGGCUGACUGCUGCGAGUACCCGCACUUGGGCCGUAGUGGCAUGGACGGCAGCAAUCCCACCGUGAUUGUCGACACACAGAUCCACCGGCCCACAGCCCUAACCAUCGAUUAUGUCAAUAAAAGGCUCUACUGGGUCGACGACAACCACAUCUGGCUCACAAACCUGGACGGCUCUCACCGGCAUAAAGUGCCUCUCCUGAAAGUCCAUGGGGUGAUGGGGCUCACACUCUUUGAAGACUACAUCUAUUGGACGGAUGGGAAGUCCAGGUCCCUCAGCCGUGCCCACAAGACGUCGGGGGUGGGACAGAUGGAACUGCUUAGCUCCUGGCAUGUCAUAAGUGACGUGAAGGUGUACCACCCCUACCGCCAGCCUGAUGUGCCCAAGCACCCGUGCCAGGUAGCCAAUGCGGGGUGCAGCCACCUGUGUCUGCUCUCACCAGGGGGGGGCCACAAGUGCGCCUGCCCCUCCAAUUUCUACCUUGCUGCCGACAACAAGACCUGCUUGUCCAACUGCACCUCCAGCCAGUUCCGAUGCGGGACAGAUGAGUGCAUCCCCUUCUGGUGGAAGUGCGACACGGUGGACGACUGCGGCGACGGGUCCGACGAGCCGGCCGACUGCCCGGAAUUCAAAUGCCAGCCGGGCCGGUUCCAGUGCGGGACGGGCCUCUGCGCCCUCCCGCCGUUCAUCUGUGACGGUGAGAACGACUGUGGGGACAACUCAGACGAGGCCAACUGUGACACAUAUAUCUGCCUGUCAGGCCAGUUCAAAUGCACCAGGCGGCAGAAGUGCAUCCCACUGACACUGCGCUGCAACGGGCAGGACGACUGCGGCGACGGGGAGGACGAGACGGACUGCCCGGAGAGCACCUGCUCCUCCGACCAGUUCCAGUGCCAGACCACGAUGCACUGCAUCUCCAAGUUGUGGGUGUGUGACGAAGACCCGGACUGCGCCGAUGGCUCAGACGAGGCCGAUUGCGAUGAGAAAACGUGUGGGCCCCAUGAAUUCCGCUGCAAGAACAACAACUGCAUCCCGGACCACUGGAGGUGUGACACUCAGAAUGACUGCGGCGACAGCUCUGACGAGCAGAACUGCAAGCCAGUGACCUGCAGCUCGAAGGACUUUGUCUGCUCCAAUGGAGAAUGCAUCUCCUCACGCUUCCGCUGUGACGGGGACUACGAUUGCAUCGACAGCUCCGACGAGAAGGACUGCGAGACCCGCUGUUCUGCAGACCAGUUCCAGUGCCUGAACAACCUGUGCAUCUCCCUCAAGUGGCUCUGUGACGGUCAGGAGGACUGCAAGACUGGCGAGGAUGAGGCCGACUGCCAGGGCCUCGAUGCCCCCUCCUGCUCGCUGAAUGAGUACAGCUGUGUCAGUGGAGGCUGCGUGUCGGCCAGCCUGCGAUGCGAUGGACACGACGACUGCGCUGAUGGCUCUGACGAGGUGGACUGCAUCCGCGAGUGCCAUGAGGACCAGUUCCUGUGCCAGAACCGGGCGCACUGCAUCCCACGGAGGUGGCGCUGUGAUGAUGUGCCUGACUGCCUGGACCACAGCGACGAGGAGAACUGCGGCCCGGGCGUGCUGUCCUGCCGCUCCGACGAGUUCAUCUGCAACAACACGCUGUGCAAGCUACAAGUGUGGGUGUGUGAUGGCGAGGACGACUGCGGGGACAACUCUGACGAGGACCCCAAUCUGUGCGCCAGGUUCCCCUGCCCACCGACGAGGCCUCACCGUUGCAGGAAUGAACGCGUGUGCCUCCACACGGAGCAGCUGUGCAACGCUGUUGACGAUUGCGGAGACAACUCGGAUGAGGAGGAGUGUGGCGAGCAGCCCGGCAGCGUGCCGGCCAGGCCCCGGCCUUGUGGGAAGGCUGAGUUUGCCUGUGGAGGGCGCCGCUGCAUCCCCGCUGAGCUGCAGUGUGACCUCUUUGACGACUGUGCCGACGGAGGCUCCGAUGAGGUUGGCUGCAAAACCUUUCAUGGCGAGGACAUAUGCAGGAGCAGGGUGAACCCAUGCGGGGAAGACGCCAUCUGCAAUCAGACGGAAAGCGGGGCUGUCUGCCACUGUAGACCAGGAUUCCAGCGCAGCCACAACAGCAAACUGUGUGAAGAAGUCAAUGAGUGCCUUCACUUUGGAACAUGCUCACACCAUUGCAUGAACACCAAAGGGUCCUUCAGGUGCACAUGUGACCCCAAUUUCAAAGACAUUGAUGGACACUGUCGAGCAAAAGGACCAGAAGAUCACGUGCUCUACGUAGCUAAUGACACUGAAAUCCGAGGUUUUGUGUAUCCGUUUAACCAGAGCCACGGACAACUAGCACGCAUCGAGGACAAUGCCCGGAUAAUUGGGAUGGAUGCUCUGUUUCAAGGAAACAAGUUUGUCUGGGCUACCCAGUUUAAUCCGGGUGGAAUUUUUUACAAAGACAUCCUAGUCAGAAGUCAGUCUAAAUCAAAUAGCGGGAUUAUAUGCCCGGACUUCCGAAGGCCGAGGGACGUCUCGGCGGACUGGGUGACGGGGAAUAUUUACUGGACGGACCACUCGAGGAUGCACUGGUUCAGCUACUACACGGCCCACUGGACGAGGCUCAGAUACUCGAUUAAUGUGGGCCAGCUCAGUGGGCCCAACUGCACCCGUCUGAUCACAGAUAUCGCCGGGGAACCCUACGCCAUCGCUGUCAAUCCCGUCCGAGGGAUGAUGUACUGGACCGUGAUCGGCGACCACUCACACAUCGAGGAGGCAUCCAUGGAUGGAUCCAAGCGCCGGAUCCUGUUGGAGAAGAACUUGAGGAGGCCCACAGGCCUAGCCAUCGAUUACUUCAACCAGCGUCUGUACUGGGCCGACGCCGAGCUGUCCGUUAUCGGCAGUGUGCGCUUCGACGGCUCCGACGCCCUGGUGGCUAUUGGCGGGCGUCACGGUAUAGCCCAGCCUUACAGGAUCGACAUCUUCGAGGACUACAUCUAUGGGACCAGCCUGAGAAACGAUGUCUUCAGGGUCCAUAAAUAUGGAAGACGCCCUGUGCAGCACCUCAGCUUGGGUGUGGAGAAGGCCUCAAGCAUCCUCGUCUUUCAUCGAUUCAAGCAGCAGCACGUGUCAAACCCAUGUCUGAGCAUGAGCUGCGACUUCCUGUGCUUGCUGUCCCCGACCGGCGCGACCUGCUCCUGCCCCGAGGGGAAGGCUGUCAUUAAUGGGUCCUGCGGUGACACCGAUGUCUCAGGUGAGCUCUGCAGGCCAGCUUGCGAGAACGGGGGACGGUGCCUGACCAACGAGAAGGGCGUGUCCCGCUGCUACUGCUGGCCGAGCUUCUCUGGGGAGCGAUGUGAGGUCAACCACUGCAAGGACUUCUGCCUCAAUGGAGGCACCUGCAUUGGCUCCCCCCUAGGGCGGUCCACCUGCCGCUGCGUGGUGGGAUUCACAGGCGCAUACUGCGAGCGGCGUGUCUGCGAUAAUUACUGCCUCAACGGGGGCACCUGUGAUGUCAGCAAGGGCAACCAGCCCAUGUGCCGCUGCAUGGCUGAGUACACCGGCGACCGCUGUCUGCACCACAUCUGCCACCAUUACUGCGUGAACGCCAAGGCCUGCACGCUGUCCAGCAGUGGCCACGUCGAGUGUGUGUGUCCUGCACGCUACGAGGGCAGCAAGUGCGAUGUGGAUAAGUGUCAGCGAUGCCGUGGUGCCCCCUGUGUGCUCGAUCAAGAUAGUGGAGACGUGGUCUGCAACUGCACCAACGGCCGGGUGGCACCAAGCUGCCAGCUGUGUGACGGAUACUGCUACAACGGUGGCACGUGUCACCUCGACUCAGACUCCAACCUGCCCUUCUGCCACUGCACGGCGGGCUUCAGAAGCCAGCGCUGCGAUGAGAGGGCCAACCCGUGCGAUUACUACUGUCAGAACGGGGGGAUCUGCACCCUAACUGCUUUUAACAAGCCCCGGUGCAAGUGCUCCUCCUACUGGUCAGGCACACAGUGUGAGAGGCCGGCACCCAAGAGCAGCCGAUCUGACAACUCUAGCGGGCGAAGCAUAGCCAUCAUCGUCCCUCUGGUGCUGCUUGCGGCUCUGAUUGGCUCUGUCGUGGUCGGGGUCCUGAUCUGCAAGCGGAGGCAGAGAGGCAAGCAAGUGCAGCGGCAGCCCAUGACCAACGGGGGCAUCAACGUGGAGAUCGGCAACCCUUCCUACAACAUGUAUGAGGUGGGACAUGACAACCACGUGGAGGCCGGGAACCUGCUGCACCCCAACUUUACCUUGGACCCACAUAAGGGUUGGUGUGUGAGAUCCAGUGACCCUCGCAACAUAGCGGUUCACUCUGUGCCGAAGGAAAUUAUCCCUGGACAGUCUGUUAACUACUCCAAUCCAAUAUACGCAAAGAUCUACCUUGACGGACAGAACUGCCGGAAACCGGCAAUCGGCAUCGACGAGCGGCGAGAGCUACUUCCAAAGAAGCUGGAGGGGACGAUUCGGGAAACGGCAGCAUAACCGAAGCCCCGCUUUUAUACUCUCUGUACAGAUGUGCAAACGAAAGGGGGAGAGAAACAGCCGAGUUUUCCAAGUGCUGCCCCCUGGGUUUGAUUUCAUGUGCAUUACCUCCUGGUUUGGCCUGUGUGCUCAGAAGGAUGGACUUGCUGUUUGUACCUUUUAUAUGAAGAAGCAUAAACACUGCACUAUAUAUAAAUAUAUAUAUAUUACAGAGACGCUGCUGGAUGCCCAACCUUAUACACUAUAAGUCAAACAUCACUAUUGCAGAAAGAUGUAUAAACUGUCUGUCUCCUGGUAUUAUUUCAAAAUAAAGCUCACUUUUAUAUCUGUUUAUCUCCAGAUAACCAUAAAGUUUGUAUCUGUAAUUUAGUUACAGUAUAUUUAUAGUACAUCUUCUGUAACUCAUAUUAUUUACUAAACUUUUUCCCCCUUUUCACAGUGAUGAUACUUUUAAGGUUUGUCCAUAAAAUGUUAAUAGUUUCACUAUACAGAUGCUUUUUUUUAAAUCAUUUUUAAUGUGUAAACUGUAUGUGCCAUCUUUAUUUUACUUAAAUGUUUUAAAGGUAAAGAAAAAGAUAAAUAUAUUCAUACCGAAAUCAUGGUUUUAUUGUUACCAGGUAUCAUUCUUUUAGUUUUUGGUGACUGAUCUCCUUUAAAUGAUGUGUUUUGAUUCACUGCCAUCUCACUGUCUGAGGCUCUGCCAUGUACUACAUAUGAAUUUACAGACAAAAUAGACAAAUGCCUUUUGCAGGUCUCAGAUGAACAUGAUUAUGCUUACAGCAAGCUGUCAUUCUGACUGUGUAUGCUGGUGUACACUGAAAUUAUUAUACUGGGCUCAAAUGUUACCCAUAAUAGUUAUUUUAUUAAAAAAAGAGAGAGAGCGCGAGAGAAGAAUUGUCAAAUCCAACCAUUUUUCAUCUUUACCUUCACAAUAGGAUGCAUAUAGAUUUAACAAGUUUUAUAAUUUUAUAUUUGAUUAAAUGUCAAGUUGUAUUUUGCAGAAAUGUAUUACAUGUAAGUACUUUUUUACAGAAUGUACAUCGUUAUGAAAUAAACGAGUUUUAUUGCCA